AUGCACCCUUCCCUCCAGGAGAGCCAGCUCUUCGGCCUGCAGAGCGACAAGGACCUCAUGCAGGUGAUCCAAGAUCUCAGCUCCAGUGGGAUGCAGACCGACAAAGAUGACCUGCAAAGGAUCGAGCGCUCAAUGGCACAGGCACGAACUUUGGUCAACACUUACGUUAGCCUGGCUCCUGAAACCUUGGACGACAACGAACUCAGGGAGGCCUUGGCCCAGAGUGCUGCUGGCUCUGCAAAUGCAAGUGCUGAGAACAAAAGUCAUGUGGUGAUCUUUUAUUCUCAAGCCAAUGCAGGCGAAGCCACUGCGCAACCGCACUUGCGCAUCCCUGGCCUUCGCAACCGCGGGAAGCAUAUGGCCCGCUUCUUGAGCCUGUGUCAAACCAGGCGCAACGCCAGUGGCGAGUUGGAAGCUGGCGACAUCUAUGUCCUCAACGACUGUGGAAAGGAGGGGAACCGCAGCUCAUUGCUGGGUUCCUUCCACUACACACCUGAGGCAGAUGAGCUGGGCCGGCUACAGAAAGCGCUCCCGAUCAAGAACAAACACACCCGCCAAUGGAUGGUUUGCAUGAGUGAGAGCUCAGUAUGUGAGAAGUUGAACAAAGUCAGGGGCUUUGCAUCUGUGAACCAAAUCUCGCGCUUGUACUUGGUGAGCAAGUCUGUGCUCAGCCUCAAUGAGCACCAACGCUUGUAUACCCCUUCUGCUACCAACAGAGGCAACCUGUUGGGGCCCUUCGUGGCAGAGCCUGAGUCGUCAGAGAAGGUUUGGUCGCUUCAGGUCAAGGACAAACUUGUCCUUUUGGGAAAGCAUGGAGCGCGAAUCCCAGUUGGAGGAACAGCUGAUGGAGAUGCUGAAGAUGAAGAUGAAGACAUGCCUGAUGGAGAUGCAGAGUCCCUCAACCUGAAUGCCAAAAACCGGCCCAGAGACAAAAAUGAUGUUGAACCAUUUUUGUUCCAUGCAGAGCCGGUGCAAGUUCUGCAGGAGAUCCUUCAUGGUUUGGAUGCUGUGGCUGUCAUCAGUUUGGCAGGUGACGGCCGCCUUGCCGAGCUCUGCGUGGAGAAGAGGAUUCCUUUCUUCGGGCUGGCCUUCACAGAGGAGCAUGUGAAAGCCCUGCAGUUGAGGUUGGAAAAGAGGGUGUUCAAGCUCAUGCAGGAUGACAAAAGUCGACUCUACUCAGCAAAUUUGAAGACCAUUCUCUCCAAGAACUUGGGUGAGGUGGAAGAGAAGCAGCCUGAGAAGAAGCCGAAGAGAAAGCCAAGGCAGAAGAAGGUCAAGGCGGAGAAGGAUACAGCUGCUGAUGAGCAAGAUCCAGAUGAAGAUGAAAAUGAAGAUCAAGAGGUGCAGCCCAGCCAGCCUAGCAAGCCCAAGCCCAAGCCCAAGGCGAAGGCCAAUGGCAACGAUGCUAUCAUGGCUGAGCUCCAGCAGUUGGCCCAAGGCUCCUUGAAAGGGUACUUUGGUUGCUUCCGCCCGCCGCCUGGGCGAGGUGGCAUGCCUAAGCGUCGCUCUAUCGCACUGCAGCAGGAAGUCCUGCGAGUGGCCUCCGAUUGCAGUGGCCUGAAUGGUGCCGCUUUGGCCUUGGAGUCUUUGAAUCUGCCAUUCACAGAGGAGUGGGUGAGCGAUGUAGAAGACGCAGCGAGAAAGGUGCUUAGAGCAAAUUUUGCUUGCAAGCGCAUCUAUGAAGAUGUGCGGACACCUGCACCGCGUGACAUAGAAGUCGACUUCUACUCAGCUGGCUACCCUUGCCAGGCUUACAGCCAGCUCGGCAAGAAACAGGGCAUGGCUUGCGAGAAUGGCAAGGUCUUGCUCUACGUGCUGAUGAGGAUCUGCGUGGUCAAACCCCGAACUUUUCUGCUGGAAAAUGUGAAGAAUUUCCAGCAGUUCCAAAAGGAGUUUGAUCUGACCAUGAGGGUGCUCAAAUCCAUCAAGGACCCAAAUGGGAAGCGCUACCAUCAGUGCUUGCAAGCAGCUGUCAUCGAUUCCCAGGACCAUGGAGUUGCUCAGUCUCGAGCUCGCUUCUACAUAGUGGGUGUGCACAAUCCUGUGAGGGAUUUCCUUUGGCCCCCCCUGCUCCCACAAAGAGCUUCUUUGAAGGCAGCCUUGGACCCUGGUCCUCCACAGCCUUCCUUUCCCACCGGCUCAACAGAACUCCGAAACUUGCUGGCAUGCUUCAAGGCUUUGAAGAGCGAGAACAAGUCAGUGACAUGUGAAGCUGUGGCGGACAUUGGCAUGAGUUCCUCUUGGCAUCGAAACCAGAUAUGCCAAGGAUAUUGCCCUUGCUUGACCAAGUCCCGGUGCGAAAGCAAAGGUUAUUGGGCACUCAGCAAAAUGAGACCACUGAGCUUGACAGAAUACUUCAGAUUGCAAGGAAUCCCUGCUCACAGGCUGAAGAUCCCAGAAGGGGUUUCACAGAGACAGAUGCGCGGCAUGAUUGGCAACUCAUUCACUGUCCCAGUGAUUGCCCAGAUCAUGGAUAGGCUGUUCUUCAGCUCAGGGCUGACCAGUGAGCUGAUCCAAUGUACAGGCAGUGGUGUCAAGGGCAUUGUUCUUUAA